AUGAACGAAAUAUUUUCAACCGAUCUGAAUCUAAAUGAUCAAAACAAGUCAUCUUUCUAUUCAGAAGAUGAUAUUUCAGCUGAACUAGAACUACCAAAAUUACCAUACCCACCUGAAAUUAAAGCUAGCGAAUUGGUCAGGGAUUUGCUAUUAAAAUAUGAAUCAAAGUCACCAAAAAUGUUGAAUGAAUUUUUUAUUUAUCGAAAAGCAUUUGUUCAAGCAUUCAAGAAAGAGAAACUUCGACCAAAGAUGACACAUGUAUCUUCAUUGGCAUCUGCAUCUUGGCAUAAGGAGUCAUCUGAUGUAAAAAAUGCAUAUAGAAAAAUUGCUCGUGAAGCUGAGCAAUUAUAUAUAAAUGAGAGAAAAAAAAGGCAACAAUCAAAAACUACUGGUAAAAUGCAAACAUCAGAUUCUGAAAUAACAUCUACUUCAACUUCACCCGAAUCAACUUAUGACCCCGUUUCCGGUCCUUCACACAAUAUGAUUGUCAAUGUUGCGCCUGAACCAUCAUUCAUUGAUGUUAAACCAGAUAAUUCAUUUUUGCAUACAUCGAAUCAAGAUAAACUUACGGAAUUUUCUAAUACAUCAUCAGCAUUCAAUGGUUCUUAUGGUCCUACUUCAUACGAAGACUAUCCAGAAUUCACAGAGCAAAUCAUGUAUACACAAAAUCAACAACCUAUGAUGCAUCAUGAAAUUAGCAAUAUAAAUUUUGCCUUCCCGAUAGUUACGUAUAAUUCUAAUAAUUCUGGGACGCAAUAUCCAUAUUCUCAUGUAUCUACUCAACCUUUAAAUUCACGCAACGUAUUAGAUUAUAAUAACGAUGGUAGAUCUCUUGGACCAUCGCGUCAAGAUAAUAUUGAUGCUAUUGUUUUACAAUUUAAAAAAACAUCACAAACAUUAGAUUUCAUUAAAGAAAGAACCAAUGAUCAAAAAAACAUCGAGUCUUCUUCAGCCGACGGUGUUCCUAAAAAAUCAGCUAAAAAAUCCGUUCCUAAAAAAUCAGCUCCUAAAAAAUCAGUUCCUAACAAAUCAGUUCCUAAAAAAUCAAUUCCAAUGAAAAGAACUGCUUCUCAUAGUCCAAAACCUUCUCAAACGACCAUGGAAUCUAUUCCGACCUACGAGAUCGACGAGACCGAUAAGCCUCCUAAACGAAGAAGGAAAAAAAGUUCUCGUCCAAGAAUCAAGAAAUGGAAAUCUUCUAAACAACACCCGAUCCUCUCUUUUCCUCCUGAAUUAUUUAUUAACAUCUUUUAUUUCUGCGAUCCGCAAACUUUACUUUCUCUUUCAAAAGUUUGUAGACAAUUUGCGAUGUACUUAAAUUCACCUGAUUCUUCGAUCACUACUAAAAUUUGGAAGGAUUCAAGAGAAGGAUUUUUAAGUGAUCUGAAAUUGGAUCCACCUGAAGGUAUGACCGAAAAAGAAUAUUGCAAAUUGUUUGUUGAACGUGGCUGUAUGAUUUGUAGUCAACCUAGAAUCAGAAAAGUAUACUGGGCUUUUAGAGUGAGGUGUUGUGUCAAUUGUUUAGAUAAAAUUACUAUUAGCGAUUAUCGAAUUGAUGGUGAAAUGGGUGUCCCAUCCUGCGUUUUACUCGGUCUUCCGUACGUCCCACAACAAAAAUGGGCCAGGAGAAGAGGGUCAUUCAUAGUGAAAGCCUAUUCAGUGAAACAAAUUAAGGAGGCUUACAAGGAAUAUAAAAAGUUGCCUUCGAAAGAACGUAAAGAUUGGUGCCAAAGAAUGAAAAUUCGAGGGAUCGAGACCAUGAAAGAUGUUACUCAACGUAUGAACGAUGAUAGCCACAAACGAUUGGCUCAAUCAAUCAAUCAAUCCCGUUUAAUUCAUCUGAAUUUUCGACGAUCAUUGGCUACAAUUACUGAUCAAUCUAAACUUUCGAUUCCUGAACCGAAAGAUUGUUCUAAAAUAACUCCAAACUAUGCAAAAUUGGUUGAAAAUUUGUCAAUUGUUCAAAAAAGAAUUUUUGCUGGUCAACCUUUAACUUUAGCUGAAAAAAUAUUAUACGCUCAUUUAUGGAAUCCAAAAGAAAUCAAUAAUAUUGUUAAAGGUGAAACUUACCUGCAAUUGAAGCCUGAUAGAGUCGCAAUGCAAGAUGCGUCAUCUCAAACAGUCAUUCUUCAAUUUAUGCUUGCUGGAAUGCCAGAAACGGCUGUUCCAACAUCUAUUCAUUGUGACCAUUUGAUUGAGGCAUAUGAAGGAGGUGACAAAGACGUGAAGACAGCUGAAGUAACAAGUAAAGAAAUAUUUGAAUUCUUGAAAAGUGCGUCAGAAAAAUAUGGAAUAGAAUUUUGGAAGCCAGGAAGUGGAAUUAUUCAUCAAAUAGUUUUAGAAAAUUAUGCUGCCCCUGGUGCCCUUAUGAUUGGAACUGAUAGUCAUACGCCAAAUGCUGGUGGUCUUGGAACAAUAGCUAUAGGAAUUGGUGGUGCAGAUGCUGUUGAUGCCAUGGCAGACAUUCCAUGGGAGCUUAAAGCUCCAAAAAUAAUUGGUGUAAAAUUGACCGGCAAAUUGAAUGAAUGGACAAGUCCUAAAGAUAUAAUAUUACAUCUGGCUGGAAAAUUAACCGUUCGGGGUGGAACCGGUCAUAUAAUUGAAUAUUUUGGCACAGGAAUUGAAACACUGUCUUGCACAGGAAUGGCCACAAUAUGUAACAUGGGAGCUGAAGUUGGCGCAACUACUUCUGUAUUCCCUUUUACAUCAAGCAUGUACUCAUAUUUAUCUGCGACUAGGCGUCAUCCAGUUGCUAAACAAGCUACUUCUUAUGCAUCAUAUCUAAAAGCUGAUGCCAAUGCUCGUUAUGAUCAUAUUAUUGAAAUAAACCUAUCGGAACUUGAACCCCAUAUUAAUGGUCCCUUUACUCCUGAUUUAUCAACACCUCUUAGUAAAUUUGCUGACUUUGUUGCAAAAAAUGGUUGGAAAGAUGAAAUAAAAGCGGGACUAAUAGGAAGUUGCACUAACAGUAGUUACCAGGACAUGAGUCGUGUCACUAGCUUGGUAGCACAAGCACUCGAUAAAGGUGUACGUCCAAAGAGUGACUUUUUUAUUACUCCAGGAAGUGAUCAAAUUCGUGCGACAAUGGAAAGAGAUGGGCAAACUGAAAUCUUGCAGAAAGUUGGUGGCCGUGUUUUAGCUAAUGCUUGUGGGCCUUGUAUAGGGCAGUGGAAAAGAACGGAUAUUCAGGAGAAUGAAGAAAAUGCUAUCUUAACUUCAUUCAAUCGUAACUUUAAAAAUAGAAAUGAUGGAAAUCCAGCAACAAUGAACUUUUUGGCGUCUCCAGAGAUUGUGACAGCCAUGACAUUUGCAGGUAGAUUAACAUUCAAUCCGAUAACAGACACAUUAGUAGACAAAGAUGGUAAAGCAUUUCAAUUUUCAAGUCCAUCCGGUGACGAAUUACCAAAACAUGGAUUUGAAAGAGGGAGAGAAUUUUAUGAGCCAUCACAGGUUUCAGCAGGCAAUCCAUCAAUGCAAAUUAUAAUCCCUCCGGAUUCAAAUCGACUUCAAUUAUUAGAACCAUUUCCAAUAUGGCAUGGUAGUGAAUUUCAUGAAUUACGCGUUUUAGUCAAAGUAAAAGGCAAAUGUACAACGGAUCAUAUAUCUGCAGCUGGACCUUGGUUGAAAUUCAAAGGACACCUAGAAAAUAUUGCAAACAAUACUUUGAUUGGUGCAUUGAAUGCCGAUAAUGAAAAAGUUAAUGUAGUAAGAAAUAUUUUGACUGAAAAGGAUGGAACCAUACCAGAAGUUGCACGUUAUUAUAAAGAAAAUAACAUUCAAUGGAUCGUUGUAGCUGAUCAUAAUUAUGGUGAAGGAUCGGCCAGAGAACAUGCAGCAUUACAAGUUCGCUAUUUAGGUUGCCCAAUAAUCAUUGCAAGGUCAUUUGCAAGAAUUCAUGAAACAAAUUUAAAGAAACAGGGGGUUUUGCCAUUAAUAUUUAAAAAUGAAGAUGAUUAUAAUUUAUUAUCUGGCGGUGAUACAAUCUCUACAAUUGGUGUUGUAGGAUUAGAACCAGGUAAAGAUGUAACGAUCAGAGUCAGAAAAGAAAAAAAUGGUGAUAAGAAAAAGAUCGAAGAAUUUGAUAUUUUAACAAAACACACAAUGUCGGAAAAUCAGAUUGAAUGGUUCAUUAUGGGAAGUGCUUUAAAUCUUAUUGCUAAUAAGCAUAAAUCUGGUAGUAUUUGA